UUUACUAGGAAGCUAGGACCUUGGAGGGGCCGUCGCCUGCAGGAAGGCCGGUCCUUGGCCACCCGGCGGAGCCGGUGACAGCAGCGCCCUGGUAGGCAGGCAGCCGUAUCAGGUUUCAGAGGAUGCGGCAGAGAACUGGAGUGGAGGUAUAUAAGGUCCCUAAAAGCACAAAGUAGUUAUUUCCAUGUUCAGAUCAUUCAGAGAUUAUGAAGUCACACACCCUGCCUUCAAUUUGCUUAUAGUCAAAUGGAGCAGACACAAGUCAAUGAUUGCAGUAUAGCCACUUAAGUAAUCUAGAAGAGAUCUCCAAGAGGCCAUCUCCAAGACGGGGCCGGAAAACUCUCAGAGCAUGGCUUUUGCUCUGCUCAGCUCCAGGAUGAGGGGACAGGUAUCUGGGUGACCAGAACAGAGGAACAGAGACUGGUGCUGCCUCCGUGCUGUGGGAGGGAGAGUCUGCUGCUGUGAGUCUCCCUGGCUACUCAUGUGGCCAUACAGAGAGAUGCGGCCACAGCCUCCCUAUCAUGAUCACCCAGUGGAAUCAAAUGGCCAUAAAAGUCGAUUCCAGUGCCUCCAGGAGGAGCGAGGACAACCCAGCUUACCUCAGCCAUGACAGAUAUAUACUUUGGAGUGAGUAAACACCUUGGAGUGGGAUCACUGGAUCAAAUGAGAUCUGCAUCCCCAUAAGGAAGCCUUACUCCUGAGACUCCAAGACUUGGGAACAUCACUCUUGGUAUUCUCCCGUUCUCUAUUGCUCCAAAACUCUUCACAUGGAACAUAAUGCCAAUCCUGGACGGACGCCUCACUUAAGCCCCGCCUCCGGAAGCCAGCCAAUCAGAAGUGCCAGGGGCCGGGGCGCUGCGGGUACACUGACGCGGUUACGAUUCCAGCGAAAAUGCCUCAGCUCGGACUGUCUCGUGACAGAGGGUACGAGGAGGACAGCCCCGCGCCCGCCGAACCCUAGAGCCGCUGCCGCCGACUGUCAUGGAGGACGAGCAGCCUGACAGCCUGGAGGGCUGGGUGCCGGUCCGGGAGGGCCUUUUCGCCGAGCCCGAGCGGCACCGGCUGCGCUUCCUGGUGGCCUGGAACGGCGCGGAGGGCAAGUUCGCUGUGACUUGUCACGACCGCACCGCGCAGCGGCGGUGGCGGCGCGAGGGGGCCCAGCCCGAGCCCGAGCCCGAGCCCGAGGCCGCCGUGUCUCCGCCAAGCUGGGCCGGCCUGCUGUCGGCCGCGGCGUUCCGCGGCGCUCACCGGCAGCUGGUGGCGCUAUGGCCGCCUCUAGAGCGCUGCUUCCCGCGGCUGCCACCGGAGCUGGACGUAGGCGGCGGCGGCGGCGGGGCCUGGGGCCUGGGGCUCGGGCUGUGGGCGCUGCUGUGGCCGGCGCGCGCGGACCCCGGAGAGGCGGCGCUGCGGGAGUUGUGCGGACAGCUGGAGCGCUACCUGGGCGCGGCGGCAGACGGCUGCGGUGGCGCCACCGUGCGCGACGCGCUCUUCCCGGCUGAGGGCGGCGCGGCCGACUGCGAGAGCCUGCGCGAGUUCCGGGAGCGGGCCCUGCGCGCGCGGUGGGCCGAGGCGGACGCGCGGCUGCGCCAGGUUCUUCAAGGACACACACAAGCCAACACCAUGGUAGCAUUAAUGAAAGUUUACCAAGAGGAAGAUGAAGCGUACCAGGAAUUAGUUACUGUGGCAACCACGUUCUUCCAAUAUUUAUUGCAGCCAUUGAGGGCUAUGCGAGAAGUUGCAACUUUAUGUAAGCUUGAUAUUUUGAAGUCCUUGGAUGAGGAUGACCUAGGUCCUAGAAGGGUAGUUGCCCUGGAGAAAGAAGCCGAAGAAUGGACCAGACGGGCUGAAGAAGCUGUCAUCUCUAUUCAAGAUAUCACAGUGAAUUAUUUUAAGGAGACAGUAAAAGCAUUAGCAGGAAUGCAGAAACAAAUGGAACAGGAUGGGAAGAGAUUUGGCCAGGCUGCCUGGGCCACAGCAACUCCCAGGUUGGAAAAACUUAAGCUAAUGCUAGCUCGAGAGAUUUUGCAACUCAUGAGAGCGAAAGAGCUGUGUUUAAAUCACAAAAGAGCUGAAAUUCAGGGAAAGAUGGAAGAUCUUCCAGAACAAGAAAAAAAUAUCAAUGUUGUAGAUGAAUUAGAAAUACAAUUUUAUGAAAUUCAGUUAGAACUAUAUGAUGUUAAAUUUGAGAUAUUAAAAAAUGAAGAAAUACUGCUUACUACACAGUUGGACUCUCUUAAAAGACUUAUAAAAGAAAAACAGGAUGAAGUUGUCUAUUACGAUCCGUGUGAAAGUCCAGAGGAACUUAAAGUCAUUGACUGUGUGGUGGGGCUGCAGGACAAUAAGAAUUUGGAAGUGAAAGAACUCAGAAGGCAGUGCCAGCAGCUGGAGUCUAAACGGGGCAGGAUCUGUGCCAAAAGAGCCUCUCUCCGGAGCAAAAAGGAUCAGUGCAAAGAAAAUCAUCAGCUCAGAUUGCAACAGGCUGAAGAAAGCAUAAGAUACUCUCGCCAGCAUCAUAGUAUUCAGAUGAAAAGAGACAAACUAAAAGAAGAGGAACAAAAGAACAAAGAAUGGAUCAACCAAGAACGCCAAAAAACACUCCAACGAUUGAGAGCAUUUAAAGAUAAGCACCUGGGUCAAUCUGUCCGAAACACCUCUGUCUCAGAACCUGUGGCUCCAAACCUGCCAGGUGGCCUUUCCCAGCAGACGUGCUUGCCAGCUUCCCAGAUGGUGUCAGUAAUUCAUCCAUCCUCUAGGAAAACUAGAGGUUUUCCUCUGUCGGAAGCUAGUAACGUGAAAGCCCCCAAGUGUCAAGACUGUCGUGAAAAUACCUCUGUCCAGAUUUUUGUUCCAGUUAGUGAGCAAACACAUUCCAAAUCCAGUGAGGAAUUGCCACUGCCACCUCCUCCACCUCCACCACCACCACCUCCACCUCCACCUCCACCACCAGGACCACCUCCUCUGCCUGCUCUGUCCUCAUCCUCUGAAGCUGCAACUCAUCAGAACCUAGGCUUCAGGGCUCCAGUGAAAGAUGACCAGCCACUUCCUUUAGUGUGUGAAUCACCUGCUGAGAGACUACGUGACUCCUUAGGACAUUUCCCAUGUCCAGGAUCUAUGGACGAAGUGUUGGCCUCCUUAAGGCAUGACAGAGCCCCCCUCCGGAAGGUCGAAGUGCUGGCAGUGCGCCCUCCCCACGCCUCAGUCAAUGAGCACAUUCUGGCUGCCAUAAGGCAGGGGGUCAAACUGAAGAAAGUUCACCCAGACCUUGGCCCAAACCCCAGCAGCAAACCAACCAACAGCAGACACACCAGUGACCUUGAGAGGAGCAUCAAGGCUGCGCUCCAGAGAAUCAAGAGGGUGUCUGCUGACUCAGAGGAAGACAGUGAUGAGCAGGACCCCGGCCAGUGGGACCGUUAAGCCAAGUUUGACAAAAAGGAAUUUAAAGCCAAGAAAGUGAGGACUACCCAGCUUCGGAGCUCUCCAAUCUGGACCCCGAAGCACUGCCAAUCUUCACCUCUCCCUGGCUUUCCGGCCCACAUGGUAAGGGCAGCCCCUCAGCCUGGCAGGUAAAACCCUCGGAGACCUGGCCACUUUCCCUGGGCAGUCCCUGUCGCUACCACAGGUUUUAGUCCAGCAACACCAUGCUGCUUCCUGACUGCCUGCCCACAAAGGGCCUGUUCUCUUAAGCCAAGUGCCUGGAAUUCUUCCUCUACCCUCCAUGUCCUGGCAAUCUCAUGCCCAUCUUUAGGUCUCAACUCCACAGGUUUUUCCCCCAGGUCUUCUCCGACCUCUCUCCCCUGUAAAGCCAUGUACCUUGUCUUGGAGUCUGGCAUUCUGGCCAAAGGAGGACAGGCAUCUGCCCCUAGCACAGCCAAUCCCUAAGGAUUGUCCCGGAGUGAAAAGAAAUGAGCUGGACCAAUCAUACCUGUGUAUUCAUCUGUUCAUCUCUUCCCUCUUCAGAAUUUGAACUAGGGAAUCAAGCCGGUGGUAAUAGUAGCCAGAAUGAAGAGGUCAUCGGUUAAAGGCCACAUGGCAUGUAAAACCCACAUAGUUGAGUGGAUUUAUGGGGCAGAGGCUCUCAGACCACAGGGCAUGUAAAAGCACAUGAGAAUGCUUUGGUUUUCUACUGCUGCCAUACAAAUCACAAAAGUCACUGCUUA